AAUGGAAUAUCAACGGACCCUCAGCUCUCGCUCCUUCGGCCAUGACGAUUGUCGGGAUUAUGUAAUCAAUCAGAUAAGCGGUAUCAGAGAUUCUCCGAGGUCCGACCGGCUUAUCAAUCUAAAUUUCUUUCCUAACGGUUCUUUUUCUUCCUUUUUGAUGAGUCGAACAGAAAAGAAAAAAUCCCAUUCCAACGCAUUUUCUGCACAUUUUCACGCCCUUUCGGAGUUACAAGCUCUUCCUCCGACCCUCCGGAUAGUUCUGGAUAGCUAAGAGAGUGAUCGAUAAGCACCUGAACGGUGGAUGAAUGCCUCAUGACGUUGAGUCUGCGGGUGCCUUGAGCACCGGCACCGGCAAUUUCAACUCCAGCGAACAGACAGCGUACACGAACAGCAACGACAGAAACAGCAGAAACAGCAAAUAUAACAGAAUCCCGAUAGAUACGAUGACCCCUCGACCGAGCAGCGGCGCUGGCAGCCGUGAGAGUGAUGCCUCGGCGCAGUACGAGAACAUAUCAACCAGCCAGAAGAUGAUAUCCGCCACCUGGGGGAGCCUUCUCACGUCAUUAUUAGUCACACCGUUGGAUGUGGUCAGAGUGCGCCUUCAAGCGCAAACACCGGUUAUCCGGGCCUCGCUGCCUACAUCGCCACAGCCUACAACGCUUACAUCUGUCUCCCCAUCACCUCUCACCUUCUUCCGACACCUUCCUCCCAACCUCGGCGUAACGGCGUGCUGCCGAGAAGUCUUCUGGAUAGGAGAGAAUGCACAGACACAGUUCUGCCUGGUGAACCAGCCACCACCAACUGCUACGUCCAGUGCGUCUGCUCCUACAUCUACUAUAACGUCACCGCAACCAUGCGUGGUCGAACAACGCAAGUCAUAUACAUCUACCCUCGACGGGCUACGCAAGAUAGCACGCCAUGAGGGCCCAUUGUCUCUCUGGCGAGGGCUUUCGCCCACUCUAGUCAUGGCAAUUCCAGCCAACGUCAUCUACUUUACCGGCUACGACUGGCUACGGUACGACAGUGCCAGCCCUGUAGCAAGCUACGUCCCGGCCAGCGCGGCUCCGCUGGUAGCUGGUUCCGUAGCCCGGAUAGCAGCCGCAUCUGCCAUCAGUCCGAUCGAGAUGUUCCGAACACGACUGCAGGCGAUCCCGGCCGGGGGAGGUAUGCACGGCCCAGACCACUUCAAGGCAACGCUGCGAGAUCUCAACAAGAUGGUGCAUCGAGAAGGCUACACUUCUCUCUGGCGAGGUCUGACGCUGACUAUGUGGCGAGAUGUGCCCUUUUCUGGCCUGUACUGGUGGGGAUACGAGCGCAUCAAGCGACAGCUCGAGUCAAUGCGAGGCCAUGCUUUCCCACAUGCUUAUGUCGAUCCAGUGCUCAAAGGAACCCCAACAGCGGCAGCAAAAACUACAACAGCAACUGCAACUGCAACUGCAACAUCUGCAGCAGGAGCAGCGUCUCACUCGCCAAGCUCGACGGUGGUGUUUAUCGAGAGCUUCACAGCCGGAGCCGUGUCUGGGGCUGUGUCUGCGCUGGUAACAACGCCCUUUGACGUGGGCAAGACGAGACAGCAGGUGGCCUCGGGCUCGUCUGGGUCCAUCCCGCGCUUCCUGCUCAGCAUCCUGCAGGAAGAAGGGCUCCAGGGCCUGUUCAGGGGCUGGGCAGCUCGCUGUCUCAAGGUCGCCCCGGCCUGCGCCAUCAUGAUAUCGAGCUACGAGGUCGGCAAGCAGGUCGCCAGCAAGGCCAACGAGGACCACCCGUAGCCCAUGGACCCCCAUCUACCCUAUCUGCCUGUACAUUUUUCUCAUGAAUCGUGUCUAUAUAGCCAUACAGUCAAUUAAUGCCAUAAUAUCUACUCCGAGCUCGUCGCCUUUUUAUAUGCUUGUCUGGCACCGGCGCUAGCCACCUCCUACUGCCACGUCCUCUCGUACUGCCACCCAUUAACACUCAA